AGUAAAAUAAUAAUAAACUGCGUGUCGUAUUUAUCGGAACUGUUUACGUUUAUUACGUUUUCAUUGCCUUGUUUUUAAUUUUAAGAGUGUUAAAGAUUUGCCGCUCUGGACAAGAAAAUUGCUCUCAGAAUGGAUGACGUGGCCACCAUGAAAAGUGAAAACGCAAACCUUCGUAAGAUUCAGGCUAGAUUGCUGCAGUGGGAACAAAAGGAUAAUGCACUUGCACCGCUGAGUGCAGCCCAGAACGAGUUUAUUAAUAAACUGGCGGAUUUAGUCGGAGGCGGAUCCAAUGCAAAAUCAACCGACAUUCCGGAAGCUAACUUAGAGCAAAACACUUCGUUGGAUGAAUUUAAACUCACGGGUAGUGCCAUAGAUUCUACUCAGGAUUUUCUGUCAUGGUACAAUUCAAUCGAUUCGGAGAUUUUGGAACAUUUUGACGACGUGUAUCUGGAUUACUAUGAACAGUUGAAAACACGGUCUAUCGAAUGCGACAGACUGCUACAAGAAAUUGACGUUUCUUUGGAGGCUUUACAGAAAUUGGCCAACGAGUACAAUUUUGUGUCAGAGAAAACUUCUUCGCUCCAUCAAGCCAGCGAAAAUCUGCUACAGGAUCAGGCCAAGCUAAACGAAAUCGGCGAAGAUAUUCGAAAGCGGUUAAAAUAUUUCACCCAAGCCGAGAGUAUUUCGCAAAGGCUUCAGAAUCCAACGUUUUCCGUAUCAAAUGACACUUUCGUGGAGAUUCUUAAUUCAAUCGACGAAUGUCUGGAGUAUAUGCGCGUCAAUCCGAGCUUCAGCGAAGCUACCACAUACAGUAUUAAGUAUCGUAAUUGCUUAUCGAAAGCAACACAAAUGAUGAAGAAUUAUGUCGGUACAAUUUUGAGUAAUGCAACGGCUCAGAUUUUAGUUCCACGAGCUGGUUCCAAAGAGGUGACGGUGGAGCAAGGGUUAGAAUCAGCGUUUGCCCUGUUCUACGGAAAGUUUCAGGCUUCGGCACCGAAGGUUAAACGCAUUACGGCAACCAUCGAAGAACGGUUGGAUCGUAGUGUGGAGUACGAACAACUGUUGGCGGCCCUGCAUCAGCAUUUUUUGUCCCAGCGAGCAACGAUUAUGAGUGCGGGUGUUGAGCAAGCGAUUCGAGAUCUUAGCAAGAAACAUAGAGGGGACCAUUGCGCGUUAGUGCGCUCUGCUUGUGCAUUUAUGGUACACGUUUGCCAGGACGAGCAUCGGUUGUUCUAUCAAUUCUUCACAAAUCCGAGCUCCCAACUAACAGUUUACAUGGAAGGUUUGUGCACAAUACUAUACGACACCUUGCGUCCGUUUAUUAUACGCAUUGAUCACCUGGAGACGUUGGCUGAAAUCUGCAGCAUACUACGUGUUGAGAUGCUAGAUGAACACGUGAACUAUAACCCCGAAUCCCUGGAAGCGUUUGCAAAGAUUGUCUACCAGCUAUUGCAGGAUGUUCAGGAACGAAUAGGUUUCCGAGCUCAAAGCUAUUUGGAGUCGGAUAUCCUUAACUAUCGACCGUCGGCUGGUGAUCUUGCCUACCCGGAAAAGUUGGAAAUGAUGGAAAGUAUUGCCAUGUCACUGCAGGAGAAUUACUUGAGGCGAGCAGAUUCGCGCAGUUCGAUUGUUUCUAUCACUUCGCUGGCAUCCCAGGAAGUGGAAAGCAUCAACCAACAGGCAGAGCAAGCGAUCAGAGCACGUGCCGGAAAUUCUCCAGCCGAUCUGCACGGCAUGUGGUACCCGACGGUUCGCCGAACGCUUGUUUGCCUAUCGCGGCUAUACCGUUGCAUCGAUAGGACCAUCUUUCAAAGUUUGUCCCAGCAGGCACUAGUUUAUUGCAUACAGAGUGUCUCCAGUGCCGCUGGACAGAUUGCUCAGAAAAAGUCCAGUGUUGAUGGAGAAUUGUUUGAAAUAAAACACCUGCUGAUUUUGAGAGAACAAAUUGCUCCAUUUCGGGUGGAUUUCACAGUAAAAGAAACCAGUUUAGACUUCAGUAAAAUGAAAACGGCAGCCUUCGAGCUGUUGCAAAAGAGGAAGCAAUUGUUUUCGCUAGGUUCUAACAAUGCACUUUUGGAGUUUUUGUUGGAUGGAACACCUCAGGUAAAAGAACAGCUUCUGGACUCUCGAAAAGACGUGGAUCGGCAGCUGAAAACAGUUUGUGAGGUAUUCAUUAAGGAUGCAACCCGGCAGUUGGUGGGUCCUAUUUUGAACUUUAUCGAAACUGCUCAAAAUCAUCUGAAACAAGGUACGGCACCAGUUGUGCCCGGAGCGAAGCAGCAGGGUAUGGCACUUCGUAUGGCAACAUUCGCGGCUCCCCAACAUAUUAGUUCCAUCAUCCAGGAAAGCAUUCGUAACAUCAAGACUAAAUUGGGGGGACUACAGCGAUCGAUGCAACUUUAUCUUGCCAAUAAAGACACGGAAUUUAUUCUAUUUAGACCAAUCCGGAACAACAUAAUCGGUUCGUUCGUCAAGCUGGAGCAGCUACUCACGACUAACUCUUACAGCAAAGACGAUCUGACGAUUGUUAGCUGUCCUUCGGCGGAGCAAGUGUCCGUGCUACUGUCCAGUGUGAACUUGAGCGGAAUCAGCGACGCUGGACCGAGAUUAUCUGAGUCUAGUGGAAGCAGUCAGCGGAAGAUUAGCUUCUCUUCGAUGAGCAGUGUGGGAGGAGCUGUUACCGGUUCCAAACCACAAAUUGAAAAGAAAGUUAGUUUUGACAGUGGCGCCGAUACGGUGGUGCAGAUCGAUGCACGCUCGGAAGAAAGUGAAACCAGUGAAGCGACGACGGUAGAGAAUAGCCAGUAACAGUGCGCUCUCGUUUAUUUAAUUCUAGUAUAAUCCGUACCAUGUUGUGGGUAAUAUGCAAUAAAAUAUAGCUUUGAAUAAUUAA